CUCCAAGUGGGCAGCGUCUUUCUCCGGCGGCUUCGUCCCCCUCCCGAAGCCCCCGUGUUGUGUGGGCGCCAAGGUUCUUCGGGGACCAUGUUCACCUGCGACAUUUGCGGAGCAGUGGUAAGCUCUAAAUCAGAAAUGAAGACCCACCUCGUUAGAGAUCAUCUGGAAAGUGAAGUCAUCUGCCCAUUCUGCGAGUUGACUGGUGUAAAUUAUGAUGAAAUGAAUUUCCAUAUUGAAGCAGCCCAUCCGGAGGGGAAUGAAUCCGAAGGAGGUAUUGAGAGGAUCAACACAGUACAGGGUAGAACUUCUUAUAGGCAAGCCAAGAAAGAGGCUAAAACUGGAGUCCAAACAGAUUUAAGCAUUCCUGGUACAGCUGAAGAGUUGAAACAUGCAAGUUUCAGCCACACUAAUGCCACUUUAAGCAGUAAAACAUUUAAUUCAGAAAAUGUGGCUGAAUUUUCGGAAAGGGAACCGAAGCCACCCGACGCCCCUGGAAUGAGUAGUACAUCAUUGAACGGUACACCGUCUGAUAUGCCGGAAUGCCCAUUCUGUGGGAAGAGAGAGAGAUAUGGUGAAGAUGUGGAAGUGCACAUAAAAAUAGAGCAUGCCGAUCUACUAGACGCACCGAUACAGGGCAGUGGUCAACAUCACUAUGAAUGUCCAAUGUGUAGACUGGUUUGCACAAAUUACCAGAUUCUCCGGGAACAUGUGGACUUGCAUAUCGAAGAAAGCAGCUUUGCAGAAGGUGGGGACAGAGAUGGAUGCUCAAGUGAUCUGAAAUUGGCUCAACAACUCCAGGAGGAAGAAGACAGGCAAAGAAAGUAUGAAGAAUCAAGACAGGAGAUGGAAGAGUUCCAGAAACUACAGAGGCAGUAUGGCCUGGACAGCUCUGGAGGAUACAAGCAGCAGCAGCUGCGAAACAUGGAACUAGAAGUGGGCAGGGGCAGGAUGCAGCCUUCAGAAUUUCACAAGCGGAAAGCCGAGAUGAUGGAGUCAUUAGCUUUUGGCGUUGACGAUGGAAAAACAAGAACAUCGGGGAUUAUCGAGGCCUUACAUAGGUGCUAUCAGAACGAUCUCCGAGACGUUCGUCGUGUCUGGCUUUCCAUGGAAGUGGAUCACUUCCAUUCGUCUUUAGGAGACAAAGGUUGGGGUUGUGGCUACAGAAAUUUCCAAAUGCUCCUUUCGUCCCUAUUACGAAAUGAUGCCUAUAAAGACUGUCUGAAAGAUAUGUCAGUUCCUUGCAUUCCAAAGCUUCAGUCUAUGAUUGAAGAUGCAUGGGAGGAAGGUUUUGAUCCUCAGGGAGCCUCUCAACUCAAUAACAGGUUACAGGGGACCAAAGCUUGGAUCGGAGCCUGUGAAAUAUAUUCAUUGCUUACCUCGCUCAGGCUCAAGUGUAGAAUUAUUGACUUUCACAAAUCCACCGGCCUUUUGGGCACACACCCUCGCUUAUUUGAAUGGGUUUUGGACUACUACUCUGCAGGCAGAGAAGGAGGGCCCAAGGUAGUAUGCUCUUCCAAACCUCCCAUCUACCUUCAACAUCAAGGUCAUAGCCGCACUAUUGUCGGAAUUGAAGAGGGGAAGAACAGAACCCUGUGCUUGCUCGUGUUUGAUCCAGGCUGCUCUGCCCAAGAAAUGCAGAAGUUAAAGCAAGAUGUUGACGGUAACAGUCUCAAGCUGGUGCGGAGAUUUGUGGGCAGUUUAAAGCACAAACAGUACCAGAUAGUGUCAGUGGAUGGUGUCCUUUCCCCAGAGGAGAAAAUCGUUCGCCGGCAAGCUUCUCGAGUCUUUACAGCUGAGAGGAUUCCUUGAUGAUGGAACAGAGUGCCUUUCUCACAUUGUCGUCAAGUAAUGGCCCAAAACACUUAAUACAUCAAACCAGUAAACACAGUGAAAAUUAUUUCACCUCUUGUAACUAUGCAAAGGGAUUUGUUAUGUUUAAAAGACUUGUGCCACUAUUGCUGCAGUGUCUUAUAACUGUAUUAAUAAAUGAUUCAUUCAUUCA